CGCCGUACCACUAAUUUCGAACUUCGAUGGAUUCCGCGUUCUGCCUCCUGAUGCGCAGUCGCCAUGUCGAGUAGCAAGCACCUCCAGCGCAACAACGCGGUGCUCAACCUCGCCGCCCUCGCACCGACGGUCGAGCCGCUGACCAAGCAACCGGAUUGCAUGGACUUUGACAUUUGGCGGCAAGUGCUCGAGUCGCCCGAGAUGCAUCCGGUGUCCAGCGCCGUCCCGAUUCUUCGCAUGCCGACGACGUCCCGCAUGCGGCACGAGUCGGCGAUGGAGAAGCUCCAGCGCCAGUUUGUCGACGCGUCGUGCCCACGCAGCUCGACCGUCUAAUGCUCUUUAUCUUCUUAUUUAAUACAAAGUCCGCGCUGUUUUUUAAAUCUUAGAUAUGCA